GUUAGGCAUUGCAACAAUGGGUGUAGCAGCACCAAAGUUCCCCUCAUGAAUCUUGCCCAUUGUUGUCUGAAAAUGUCUGAAAAGCUGUUUACUACUGCCAGAAUAAUUCUUGACUUUAACCAAGGAAGUUUGCCUGAGGGAAGGACUCAGUGAAAUCUCGGAAUUGGGCUGAGGGUUAGCUGCAGUGGGAAAAUCCUGAUUUGGGGGCUAAUCUUUGGUCUCAAGGUGGUCUCUUGGAGAACAGCAGCAUCGGAGAGAUUUCUUUUUCUGUGAUAACAUCCAUAGUGUGUUGUGUUGUGAUGUUCUCAGAUCAUACAAGCUAAGUAGGCUCAGAGUGGGUCAGAACUCACCUGGGAGAGGGCCAAGGAACCAUUUGGUGUUGCUGGAAGAUAUGUUGUUGCCAUCCAGUUAGUGGCACCCUUUCCUUUGAAUCAGCAAUGACCUAUGCCGCAAUGUGAUGUUAGGGAGAAAUGUGCUUUUGAAAGAAAAUUUACACCCACUUAUAACCUGGACUUAAGAAAAUGGGCCAAAUUCAUUCCUGGUCCAACUCCAUUGACAACAAUUUGGCCUCUGUGUCCACCAAAACUAUCCAGUUAUCAAAUGGACAGCAUUGCUUCCAAUGAAAUGAGGUACAUGGUGCCAUUUCACAAACAGAUAAUGUUAUCUGCUGAACUCAGCUGAUGGAACUAGACAUGGCCUCUCCCUCUGUCAUCGUUGUACAGCCCCAACCUACUGUGGCCAAUGCAUCGAGCAACAUGUGGCAAACCGGGUUGAUGGACUGCUGCAGUGACUGUGGAGUCUGCCUGUCUGGAAUAUUCUGUUUCUGCUGUCUUCAGUGUCAAGUAGCAAGUGACAUGAAUGAAUGCUGCUUGUGUGGCGGAAGCGUUGCCAUGAGGACUCUCUACCGGACAAAAUACGGAAUCCCUGGAUCCAUCUGCUCUGAUUUCUGCACUAUCCUGUGUUGUCAUGUGUGUGCUGUUUGUCAAAUAAAGAGAGAUAUUAACAAAAGGAAGAAAAGGGGGAUAUUCUAAUGAGGUGUUCCUGUACUUUCUGAUCGGGUGUCAUAGAGCCUCUGUAUACAAGAGUCUUCCCAUGACCUGCUGUGCUUGCAGUUCAAGAAAGUGCUGUGUGCAUUUUAAUUUGAUUGUUGCAAAGCAUUACUUAUCUGAAAAAAGUCAACAAAGGAAAGAAACAACCUCAAAUUUGUCUGCAUGCACAUGUAUUAACUUUCACUAUUGCUUCUCAAGUAUCACUGUAUGUACUAAGCUGUCUUGGAAACAGUAUUCUCCUGUUCUUAAUAUCUUGCUAAUGCCAGUGUACUCUAGGUCUGCUGUAUUCUCUCCUGACUAUUUCUGCUGCCAUCCUAUAAGAACAUAAGACAGAAUAAAUGCUGAUGGUUAA